AUGAGCGCUUCUGGCCCUGUGGGAGGUGGCUUGACGGGUAUGAUUCCUAACCCGCAGGCUCAGGCUGGUCCGCCGGGCGGUCCGCCAAUGGGACCUCCUGACCCGAUCAAUGGCGCGUUCCCUGGUGGCGUGCCGACCAGCAGCCUCGACCUGCCUCUCACCAUCAUGUUCAUGAUGUUGUUCAUGCUCGGGGCGUACGUCCAUAUCACCAUUUAUAAGCGGAACGCGAAGCGAGGUCACAAGUUUCUCAUUUCGGACAUCGUUUUCGACUUUUGCAUGAUCCGGACAGUGACGUGCAUCUUUCGGAUAACAUGGUCACUUGUCACGACAAGAGGCGUGGUCCUCAUGGCGUUGAUCACCGAGAACGGCGGUGCCGCUCUGUUGUUUGCCGUCAACAUCUUCUUUGCCCAACGCUUGGUCCGCUCGAUCCACCCCAAGGCGGGAUGGUGCACGGCCUUUGGCCAGUUCACCUUCAUCCUGCUCAUCUCCGUUCCGGUCUUUAUUCUCGUGAACAUGAUAUCAACGAUAGUCAGCUUUUUCAGCGCGGGCAACGUGGAUCGCCUCGAGGUGACGGAGGAUCUGAUUAAGUUCGGAAGCUCCUGGAAUACGUGGCUCGCCAUCUUCCCUGUGCUCACCGUCACCGGGUGUCUCUGUGUGCCGGGACCCGAACCGGAAAAGUUCGGUAGCGGCUCGCAGAGAGUCAAGGUGGCGCUGCUCUACAUUGCGUCUUUCCUGUUGAUCACGGGGCAAUCCAUCCGUCUCUAUGCCGUCUUCAACAAGGAACCACCAGGAACGACGAGCGUCAUCUACGGCAAGGCGGUGUUUUACACGACGGGCUUCAUGUUUGAACUGCUUGUUGUUGCACUCUACGCCAUAAUGAGAGUCGACCAGCGCUUCCACAUCCCCAACGGCUCGAGCGGACCCGGAGACUACUCCGGCGACAAGCACAAUGGGCAGUACUCGGUCGAGGAGAUUGAGCAACUUAUUAGCGGCUUGGAGGUGCCGCACCAGAUCAUGCGUGAGAGGAAGGGACCGGAGGACAUGGAGAUGGUGUUUACCAUCUUCUUCGCCACCAAGAAGGAUGAGAAGGACAUGCUCAAGGAAAAGGGGAUGUCCGAGGCUUCGGAUGAAACCGUGGCCGGAAGUAACAUCGGCGACGCAGUUUUGCCGGAAAGACCGAAGAGGAUCACCAGAAGGCAGACGCUCGUCGAUGCCAUCAACCCGCCGCCGCGCUCUGUCAGACAGCCAUCGGUGUAUCCGGACUUCGCAGAUAUGUACCAACAGAAGAUCGGAGAAGAGUACCCACCCAUGCGGCCCCAACGGCCGUCCAUGUAUUCACGAUUCGAAUCUGGACAGGGCUAUGAUACGCGAUACCAGCGGUACUGGGGCGAAUCGCCGCCGUACCCGGACCAAAAGAAGGGCAUGAAAAGCAUGGACUUUAAAUAA